CUCUGAGGGAUGGAUAAAGGUAUUGGGAGGAAACCCUGAAGCAACCACUGGAGUUGAGCCUGAGAAGCAUUGGGAAGGGAAAAUUGGGGGAGGGGGGACAAACCAUCUAAGUGCCCUCCUCCCUCCCCCCUCCUUUUUCGUAGCUGCUGACGCGCUGGUGGUGCCUAUUAAUCAUUCACCAGCCCAGAGCCGCGCCAGUUAAUGGCUGUGCCGCUCUGGGCUCUAGCCUUUUGGCCUCCGCUCUCCACGCUCUAGUGUGCCCAGGCGCCCCGGAGCGGCAAGAGACAGCGCUCAGGCAACCGCUAGGCGAUGCGCCCGGCAGUCACUGGUAGAAGCCGCGCUCCCCACAGCUGCUGCGCUCUACCCUGAGGCUCCCGGUGAUUGUAGGCUGCUGGAGAGCGACCGGGUACCGAGGGAGGGCGCAGGCGGUUGGGACUCCAGGAGAGCGCCCCAGCGCCAGCAGCCCCAUCGGCCCCCCUCAGCUGGCAUGUUCCCCAAUGGCACCGCCUCCUCUUCCUCCUCUCCUAGCCCCAGCCCGGGCAGCUGCGGCGCAGGCGGCUGCGGCAGGGGCCCCGGGGCUGGCUCUGCGGACGGCAUGGAGGAGCCGGGGCGAAACGCAUCCCAGAACGGGACCUUAAGCGAGGGCCAGGGGAGCGCAAUCCUCAUCUCUUUCAUCUACUCCGUGGUGUGUCUGGUGGGGCUGUGUGGGAACUCCAUGGUCAUCUACGUGAUCCUGCGCUACGCCAAAAUGAAGACGGCCACCAACAUCUACAUCCUAAACCUGGCCAUUGCUGAUGAGCUGCUCAUGCUCAGCGUGCCCUUUUUGGUCACCUCCACGUUGUUGCGCCACUGGCCUUUCGGUGCGCUGCUCUGCCGCCUCGUGCUCAGUGUGGAUGCGGUCAACAUGUUCACCAGCAUCUACUGUCUGACAGUGCUCAGUGUGGACCGUUAUGUGGCCGUGGUGCACCCUAUCAAAGCAGCCCGCUAUCGCCGCCCCACAGUGGCCAAAGUGGUGAACCUGGGAGUGUGGGUGCUAUCUCUGCUUGUCAUCUUGCCCAUUGUGGUCUUCUCACGCACCGCGGCCAACAGCGAUGGCACGGUGGCCUGCAACAUGCUCAUGCCUGAGCCUGCCCAGCGCUGGUUGGUGGGCUUCGUGUUGUACACAUUUCUCAUGGGCUUCCUGCUGCCCGUCGGGGCCAUCUGCCUGUGCUAUGUGCUCAUCAUUGCCAAGAUGCGCAUGGUGGCCCUCAAGGCCGGCUGGCAACAGCGCAAACGCUCUGAGCGCAAGAUCACUUUAAUGGUGAUGAUGGUCGUGAUGGUGUUUGUCAUCUGCUGGAUGCCUUUUUACGUGGUGCAGCUGGUCAACGUGUUUGCUGAGCAGGACGACGCCACCGUGAGCCAGUUGUCAGUGAUCCUUGGCUACGCCAACAGCUGCGCCAACCCCAUUCUUUAUGGUUUCCUCUCGGACAACUUCAAGCGCUCUUUCCAGCGCAUCCUGUGCCUCAGCUGGAUGGACAACGCUGCGGAGGAGCCGGUCGAUUACUACGCCACUGCCCUCAAGAGCAGAGCCUACAGCGUCGAGGACUUUCAGCCUGAGAACCUGGAGUCGGGCGGCGUCUUUCGUAAUGGCACCUGUACUUCCCGGAUCACGACACUUUGAGCCGGGGCCGCGCAGGGGCCCUGAGUCAAAGGAGAGAGAGAAGAACGAUUAGGGGAGACUGGGUAUGAGGGGAUGUCAUCCCGGGCGCCAGGGUGCGGUGGGAGUAACUUGGGGCUAAGAUCCCGCGUCGCUCGGGUGGAAGGAACCAGGAAAGCUGUGCGAACAAGGCUGCAUUGAGAGUUUGGCUUAUAAACUGGGAAAGCUUUCAGAUCCUCUUCUCCGUCUCCCACUUUUGGCCCUUUGCUCCACUAGGCUUGCUGCUCCGCACCCUUCUGUUCUCCACAUCCUAUAACUUAAAUCCUUCCUUCCUCUCCGUCUGGCUUUUGCAGAUCACGAACUCAUUAACGUCGCCAAUUCAGUCUGAUACUCAGCCUCUCUUGCCAUUAUUUGUUUUAGGAGCCACGGUUACUACCACGGGUUUCCCUAGGGGUGAGUUACCAGUUCGCUCUCAGCUCCUCCCUGCUGCGCUGGUCAGCUAGGCAGACUCUGCCUGGUGCAGUUAGAGAAACGUCCGAAAGUACCGCUCUCCCUGUGCGCAACCUUACUUUAAGGGAAGUAGAACUUGGGAAUGAAUACGAUUGAUAAUCUUUCCUCCUACUCUCGGGUGAAGGCUCAAACUUGCUUUGACCCCUCCACCGCUCCCACUUCACCCAGAGCAGAGCCCGGUGCUUAGUAAAAUAGAUCCUGUGCUUGAAACCCCAGCCUCCUCGCAGUUCCCAUCAAAACCCCUCUUUGGAGCAAAACAGAGCUGGGGAAUAGCGGAAGGAGGAAUUUGUAGAAGAUUCCUCACCUAAGGGUAGGGGGAGGGUGUCAUAGAAACCACCCUCACCCCGGACUGAGAACGGGUUUCAAAGAGUAAUCUCUGGGCGCCCCUGGGGCACGCGUCUGUGUUACGCGGUGCAGAGCGGACGCACUUUCCCAAGGGACUGCUUGGAAGCGCAGCUGCGACUCCGCUUGUCUUUCUCCCUUGCUCAAGUUUCUGGAGUACCCUACCUAAAAUAACUUCAGAUUCCUCUCCCUGCUCCAGUUUUUGUAGAAGAUCCGGCACUGGGGCCAAGACCUAGGGUGGCAACUUAAGAGCCUUGUUCCCACAGGUGGACAUGCUGCCCCCGCGUGCAGGCUCCAGAGUGAGGCCGCCUGGCCCCUCAGGGUUGCUGCCUUUCAAGCGGUGCCUAAUAAGUUAUUGUCUUGUUCAACCGACUUAUUUAUUUAUUUAUUUAUUUAUUCGCGGUGUUGGAAAAGUGUUUCUGCUUUCCUUUUCUUCCCUAUCCGGAGGCUUUUAUUGGGGACUCUAAGAUUUAAAGUGGAGUGGGAGUGGAGGAAAGCUCCCUCCCUUCUCCAUGGCCCACCCCCUCAAGGUCUUCUCUUUGCUUGGCCCUCUGCUUAUCCUUUCUUCUAGCCUUUCUAUUUUCGCCUGUGUCCAGUGAAGUUUGGAGAUCUUUUCAUAUUUUUCUUAUUGUAUUAUCUUGUUUUAUUAUAAUAAUUUUUUUUAAAUGACAGCGUGAAUUAACCUCUUCUCCAUUCACAGUAAAAUGUCCGGAACUCCUGGCUUUCCGGAAAAUACAUAUAUAUAGAUAACGGAAACAUCAUCCUGUAUGUGAAUCCAGUGUAUGUAUGUGUGUAUUUAGGUAUGUGUAUGCACAUACUAUAUGCUUAUACUUGUUUAUAUUGCUCCACUGUCAGAAUUCUAGAAACAAUUUCCAGUAUAGUCACAAACUGAUAGGUGUGAAUCCGACUGGAACACUUUCAGUUUCAGGGGUUCAAGAAACCCUCAAAGUUGGAACUGAGAAAUCUAAUUCAGAGACUUUUGUCACUGCUAGGAAUGUCCCUGCUUCUUCUAGGUUCCCUCAGAGGUGAUUCUUAUAUACAGUUCAGUUAACAUAAUCAUUACUUUGAGGACAUUGGAAGUGGAAUAAUUUGUGUCUAUGUUUAGUCUUACCAACUGCGUUGGAAAUCUGAGCAGGGCAAGGACCAAUAAUUUUACUUCUUUGUAUUUCCUGUAUUGCUUUAUUAAAUGGGCUUGUAUAUAGUAGGCACUAAAUAUGUGCUUGUUUUUUGAUUGUUUAAGUAAACCAGAGUGUAAUGCAAUGAUCCGGAGAUAAUAAAUCUGGGGUUCUCAGGUUCUCUCAUUGACAUAAUACACAAUGGUCGAACUCACUACCGAAAAAGAUAUUCCAUGUAUAUUUGCUUCAAGAACAUUGUGCUUUUACAAAAGCAGUAACCAAGAGUUAAAAUGUCUCUGUUUUGUUUAAACUAAUGAACAAAUAUGCUUUUGAUCUUAAAUCAGUUUAAAUUUGUCCCUUAAUAAUAAUAUGUAUCAUUACUCUUUUGGAAAAUGGAUUUUUAACAGUUAAGAAGAAUUAAAUUUAUAAAUCAAACUCUUGAUCAUAAUCUUCUUAACAGGAUACAAGUCUAGUGCUCUUAACCUGUUACUGUUGUAAUAUUAACU